CCAGGGGCCGGGGUAGGGGAGGCCGGGACCGUAGCAGCGACGAUUUCUUUCCCCACGUUGCUUCCGCAGAGAAAGCCGCCACAGUUUCGGAGGUCACGGCCGUUCGUGGAUUUGCAAAGGCAUUGGGGCUGUCUCGCCCCCAAGAGCGAGCCCAAGCCACGGAAGGCAGCAGAGCUCGUCAGACCACGAGCAGAGAACCAAGAGGAGGCACGGCCCGGACCAGCUCGCGGGCGCCACCCAGCCUGGUGCCACAAGCACCCGUGCCUUGCGGAGCAGCCACCGCCGCCCCGGCUGCAGUGGCCACACGGAUGCCCGAGCCACGCGGCCCUCGCAGGGGCAGCCGCCACAGUCGCCGUCCCACGCGAACACCCGACACGCACGACUACUGAUGAAGUGAUUGAGAAGGAAGCACGAGCUGAGCACCUUGCCUUUGCAGCCGGGACAGCAUGGAGCAGCCGUUCACUGUGAACUCGCUGAAAAAGUUGGCCGCAAUGCCUGAUCAUACAGAUGUUUCUCUAAGUCCAGAGGAGCGGGUCCGGGCUCUAAGCAAGCUUGGUUGUAAUAUCUCUAUUAACGAAGACAUCACCCCACGCCGCUACUUCCGGUCCGGGGUAGAAAUGGAAAGGAUGGCGUCUGUGUAUUUGGAAGAAGGGAACCUGGAAAAUGCCUUUGUUCUUUAUAACAAAUUCAUCACAUUGUUUGUAGAAAAGCUUCCUGGCCAUCGAGAUUACCAGCAGUGUGAAGUUCCGGAGAAGCAGGAUAUCAUGAAGAAACUGAAGGAGAUUGCCUUCCCAAGGACAGAUGAAUUGAAAAAGGACCUGAUAAGGAAAUAUAACAUAGAAUACCAAGAGUAUUUGCAAAGCAAAAACAAAUACAAAGCCGAAAUUCUUAAAAAGUUGGAACAUCAGAGACUGAUAGAGGCGGAGCGCAAGCGGAUAGCUCAGAUGCGCCAGCAGCAACUAGAGUCAGAACAGUUCCUGUUUUUCGAAGAUCAGCUCAAGAAGCAAGAGUUGGCCCGCGGCCAGAUGCGAGGUCAAGACUCCCCGGUGCUGUCUGAGCAGACUGAUGGAAGCGGACUGUCCUGCUUUUCCACCCACCAGAACAACUCUCUACGGAACGUUUUUGCCGAUCAGCCCCGUAAAAGCGAUGGCAGCGAUUUCGCUGAUCACUCUCCUCCCGUGAACAGGGCCUUAAAGCCUGCGGCCACUCUGAGCGCCGUUCAGAAUUUAGUGGUUGAAGGCCUGCGGGGUGUGGUUUUAUCAAGAGACCUUUGCCAUAAAUUUCUGCUGCUGGCUGAAUCAAACACAGUAAGAGGAAUAGAGACCUGUGGAAUCCUCUGUGGCAAACUGACACAUAAUGAGUUCACUAUUACCCAUGUGAUCGUGCCAAAGCAGUCUGCAGGCCCAGACUAUUGCGACAUGGAGAGCGUAGAGGAAUUGUUCAAUGUCCAAGAUCAACAUGGUCUCCUCACGCUGGGAUGGAUUCAUACGCACCCCACGCAAACGGCAUUCCUGUCCAGUGUGGAUCUUCACACUCACUGCUCCUAUCAGCUGAUGUUGCCCGAGGCGGUCGCCAUCGUGUGCUCCCCAAAGCAUAAAGACACGGGCAUUUUCAGGCUCACCAAUGCUGGCAUGCUUGAGGUCUCCACUUGUAAAAAGAAGGGCUUUCAUCCUCACACGAAGGACCCCAGGCUGUUCAGUAUAUGCAGUCAUGUGUUAGUAAAAGACAUCAAAACAACUGUGUUAGACCUGAGGUGACGUGCUCCAGAUACACGAGCAUCUGCACCCGAUACCUGCCAUGGAUGUGUGUGACUGCUGAAUUUCCUAUGACGUUUCCAGAAGUGACUGAUAUUUUAUAUUUAUAUAUUUUAGACCAAAACUUUGAUAUUUAUUGUUUCUUGCACAUUUUGAAGUUUCCUUUUUGGGUUGCUGUGUCUCAAAGGAGGUCACAUGCUGUUCAAUCUAUACCUAUUAAUGUACCCAAAUAAUAUCCUCAGAAAAUAAAUUGG